UUUGGUGCCGGGUGGGAUAAAAAAGGGGAUAUUAUUUAUUUUUGCACUUUAAUCGUAUUCUUCGGAUAAAACUUGCCGUGGGAGAAUCGAAGGCGAGAGGGGGCGGAGAAGGGAGGAGAGAAACCCUAGCCGGCUCCGACAGUAGACAUUAAGAGGUUGAUACUCAAUUCUGAGAUUUGGGGUGUAGGAGUGUCUAAUAGCGGAGGAGGUUGUUUUGUAUUAGACUUUUUUUUUUGGAUAAUGGGUCUUGUUUGGCUGUUUAACUGACUGAAGUAGAGUAGUUGAAGCAAUGGGGUUAAAAGUUAAACGGAUCGUGGGGAAGGGUGUAGUAAUGGGGAGUGGAGAAUUUGGUAAAUUUAUUUGGUGCAGCCUAUGUUGUAGUGUUGGAAUCUGGGUUGUUUCUUUUUGGAAGGAAAGAAUUGGUGGUUUGAUUUGGACUCAUGGAGGUGGCUUUGGAUGUCUGGUUUUGUUGUGGACAGGGAGGAAGGUGUUGGUGGUGGUUGUAGUGGUGGUGGUGUUGGCCGUUUUGUUGGUGGUAGUGCAUAUUGGUGGCAGCUGGUCGUGUUAAGGAUAAAGACUGAAGAUGAGUCAAAGCAGCCGCAGCCCUCCAAGAGACCGCAGGAUCCGCACUGAACGAUCCUCAUAUCGUGAUGCUCCAUACAGGAGGGAUGUUCGCCGAGGUUCCAGGCGUCUUGAUCUGUGCAAGAAUUGCAAGCGACCUGGACACUAUGCUAGGGAAUGCCCAAAUGUGGCUGUCUGCAAUAAUUGUGGCCUACCAGGGCACAUAGCGGCAGAAUGCACUACAAAGGCCCUCUGUUGGAACUGCAAAGAGCCUGGCCAUACGGCAAGCAAGUGCCCCAACGAGGGUAUUUGCCAUACCUGCGGCAAGGUUGGCCAUCUUGCGAGGGACUGUACUGCUCCCCAGCUGCCGCCUGGGGAUUUAAGGCUCUGCAACAAUUGCUACAAGCAAGGACACAUUGCUGCUGAUUGCACCAACGAGAAGGCUUGCAACAAUUGCAGGAAGACAGGGCACCUCGCUCGUGACUGCCAAAAUGAGCCUGUGUGCAACCUGUGCAACGUUGCCGGGCAUGUGGCCAGGCAGUGUCCAAAGGCAGAUGUUUUCGGUGAAAGGGGCGGCGGCGGCGGCGGCGGCGGCGGGCUUCGUGGUGGAUACCGGGAUGUGGUAUGCCGGAGCUGCAACCAAUUCGGCCACAUGAGCAGGGACUGCAUGGGUCCCUUAGUAAUCUGCCACAACUGUGGUGGAAGGGGUCACUGGGCAUACGAGUGCCCGUCCGGGAGGUUCCUGGACCGCGGCCCUCGGAGGUACUGAAUGAUUGGUGGUGACUUUAACAUAAUGCUUUGGGGCUGAAUAUCGGAGCUCUGGACCAAAUUUUAGAUAGAACUGCAUUUUGAGUGAGUUUGCGUGGUUAUCUUGAUUGUUGGACGGGAUUUGGAUGCAGUGGAGGCAUCCAUAUAGGCCUGUAACAGUCAAUAAUUGAACUUUAUGCUGGGUUCUCUUAUCUUGUGGUUGUGACUAAUUUUUCACCUAAAACUGGUUUGGCUAUCA